AUGUUGCACUCCUCAAUCACAUUUUCGCACGUGGCCGAUAAGGUCUACACUGGUUCUCAUCAGAAGGUCGAAGUGCCCUACCACGGGCAAUUUCCGCCCAGCAUGAAUUACUCUAAUAUGAUAGAGGAGAAGAACCUCAAGGUGGGCAUGCUAGCAAAAAGCUGUACCUUGCGACAAAAGCGAGAGAAAGCCAAGCAAAAGGAAACCGAUGGCAAGCAGAACAAUCAGCUGAAAAAAUUGAAGGAGCAGGUCGCAUCAUUCGAGAAAGCGGCGAUAGAGACCAAGGAGAAGUUCGAGGCAAACCUCGAUGAGAAACCAAGUGAUGACAAGGAUAAACGAGGCCGGUCAAGAUCAAGGUCAAGAUCGCGAUCAAGCUCAAGGUCACGCAGUCGCAGACGACGGAGAAGACGAGAACUACUCGAGGAUGAGGCAUUCUUCGCGGAUUCAGUCCGGCGGUCAAAGGCCAUGAUUCAACAAACAUAUGCCGAAGGCCUCAAUCGUGUAGGACCGGCGUAUGCUGUGGGAGAUCUGACAACGGAGAACCGACUUCAGGCUCAGGUGAUAAAGCUACAACAGACCGUCAUCGGAGUGCUGCAGCAAGCCGUUAACGACGGCCGGAGUCUCACACAGAAAGACUUCGAUCAAUUGAUCGCUGCACAGCACGAGGCCCGCAACGGCUCGAUCUCUGCGUUACAAGAACAAGAAGGCCGUAUGCUAGCUGGGAGAGACCCGGACCUGAAACGAAUCACGAACGGCCUCGAACCACGAGAGAAAGCGUCUUCGCAGCCGGAUGUACAACAGCUUGCCAUCGAACCAGCAUACGAUGUUCGACGGCCAUCUUCUCUACGCUCGCAAGCAAAACCUUGGCUUCCAGCUCGCGAGGCGCUGUUUGGUGUGGACGUGGCCGUCCAGCAAUUAGCCAACACCGAUCCACUACCAUCCGAGAAAAUGAUGAAGUCGAAUGGGGUUCCAGCUGCCACAGAGGCAGGCCGGCAGAGGGCGACAUCGGUGGCCACUCAAGCACCAAAGGCGACGACAGAGAAGAGAGCUGCAUCGGUGGCGGCCCAAGCAUCCAAGUCGUCACCUCCGAACAAGACUGUUGUGGGAGGACCCACCAACGCCUCCACCAAGACGGUGGUGGGAAAAGCAGCCUCUGUAUCACCCAAAGCAUCGUCCAAGAACGCACUGGUCCUUGCAGAUGAACCGAAACGCGAGAGGGCCGCCUCUCAAGCAGCUGCACCUCCAACACUAUCCGCGAAAGCAUCACCUCCCACCCGCAAGCCCGCACAGAAACCCAUCGCCACGCCCGAAGAAGAAAUCUUCUGCUACUACAGCGAAGACCUCCAACGAAGUAGCCUCCCACUCAACAGCGCCUUCCGUCCGAGCGGCAACCACCGCUGUCCAACCUGCCAUGUCAAAAUUCCAGUCGAUACCCGCGACGUCUGGGUCCUCAGCACGCACUUUCCCGGCAAGGAGAAUCGUCAGAAAGUCCGCGAGUACCGAAUGGACGCCCGAUUCGUGGUGAAAUGCCACAAUGCGGACGGAGAAUUUGCGUGUGUGCUAUGUGAUCGGUACCGGGAUAUGGACUGCAUUUGUCGAUCGGUGGAUGCGUUGGUGAAGCAUUUGGGCACGGCGCAUAGCCCGGACGAGUUUGAGCACGAUCCGGACUUGGUCAGGAUGGAGAAGGGGUCGAGGUUGGAUGUGAGGGGUAGAGAGCUGGCCUUGGGGGUGAGAUGA